UUCUCGCCCCCCUCCCCUCCCUCCCUCCCACGUUCCCUCGCCCCCGCUCCACAAACCAACCCAAGAACAGCCACCCGGCGACGCGACGCGACGCAACCCGAUCGACGCAAGAUGAGGGAGAUCCUGCACAUCCAGGGCGGGCAAUGCGGCAACCAGAUCGGCGCCAAGUUCUGGGAGGUGAUCUGCGGGGAGCACGGCGUCGACCCCACCGGCCAGUACACCGGCAGCGCCCCCGAGCAGCUCGAGCGCAUGGACGUCUACUUCAACGAGGCCGGCGGCAACCGCUACGUGCCCCGCGCCGUCCUCAUGGACCUCGAGCCCGGCACCAUGGACUCGCUCCGCUCCGGCCCCAUCGGCGCCAUCUUCCGCCCGGACAACUUCGUCUACGGCCAGUCCGGCGCCGGCAACAACUGGGCCAAGGGCCACUACACCGAGGGCGCCGAGCUCAUCGACUCCGUCCUCGACGUCGUGCGCAAGGAGGCCGAGAACUCCGACUGCCUCCAAGGUUUCCAAGUAUGCCACUCUCUUGGCGGAGGCACUGGUUCGGGCAUGGGCACGCUGCUCAUCUCCAAGAUCCGGGAGGAGUACCCUGACCGCAUGAUGCUCACCUUCUCCGUGUUCCCGUCGCCCAAGGUGUCCGACACGGUGGUGGAGCCCUACAACGCGACGCUGUCGGUGCACCAGCUCGUCGAGAACGCCGACGAGUGCAUGGUCCUCGACAACGAGGCCCUCUACGACAUCUGCUUCCGCACCCUCAAGCUCACCAACCCUUCCUUCGGUGACCUGAACCACCUCAUCUCGGCGACGAUGAGCGGCGUCACGUGCUGCCUGCGGUUUCCAGGGCAGCUCAACUCGGACCUCCGGAAGCUGGCCGUGAACCUGAUCCCGUUCCCCAGGUUGCACUUCUUCAUGGUCGGGUUCGCGCCGCUCACGUCCAGGGGAUCGCAGCAGUACCGCGCGCUCACGGUGCCGGAGCUGACGCAGCAGAUGUGGGACGCCAAGAACAUGAUGUGCGCGGCCGACCCGCGCCACGGCCGCUACCUCACGGCGUCCGCCAUGUUCAGAGGCAAGAUGAGCACCAAGGAGGUGGACGAGCAGAUGAUGAACGUGCAGAACAAGAACUCCUCCUACUUCGUCGAGUGGAUCCCCAACAACGUCAAGUCCAGCGUCUGCGACAUCCCGCCCGUGGGGCUCGCCAUGUCCUCCACCUUCGUCGGCAACUCCACCUCCAUCCAGGAGAUGUUCCGCAGGGUCAGCGAACAGUUCACCGCCAUGUUCCGCCGCAAGGCCUUCCUCCACUGGUACACCAGCGAGGGCAUGGACGAGAUGGAGUUCACCGAGGCCGAGAGCAACAUGAACGACCUCGUCGCAGAGUACCAGCAGUACCAGGACGCCACCGCCGAGGAGGACUACGAGGAGGAGGAGGAGCCAGCCGCCGACCAACCAUGAUCAUCCCUUCUCUUCGUUCGUCUCCCUUUCCAUGCGUGCGUACGUCGGUUUGAUUUGUGCAGCUGCCAAUCCAGUUCAGGAGGGUCGCCAUAUAUACAUAUAUCUACUCUUCACCAUGUCAAGUUAGUACCUAGUAGUAUUAUGUACCGUAAUAUCUUGUCGUCGUGUUUGCCUGUAUUAAUUUGUAUGUAUGCUUGUUUCGUGCUACCUUUAUAUAUUCGUCGUCGUCUUCGAACCUUUCUUUACUCGCCAUCUUUAUGUCAGGUUACUUACAAUUUGUUUGCUUGGGGUUACU